UUGGCUUAGGCCUGUAGCCUACACAUUUUAGAGCAGAUUACCUGUGUUUAAAAAAAAAAUACAAUGCUAAAGUAAUCUGCCUCAUCAGUGAUUGUAAUCAUGAUCGCUACCUCUGCCAUAAUUAUUGUAUUUAUGGUUUGGGCCUCAUUUCCAACAUCAGGUUCUUCAAGUCCUCUUCGCACACCGCUUGGUAGAAAAUUGUUGAUACCCUGCAUAAGUAAUGAAAGUCAUCCAGAAUCUUUUAGCUGGUUUUACAGUACAAACAAUGCUGGUCAGCGCCGCACCUAGCUUUUUCAUGAGGAUAAAAGUGGCCGACAUCGCCUUUCCAAAGAUUUAUGGCAUAGAAAGAGUGUUUCAAGGAAUCGUUCACUGGUAAUCAGCCCUUUUACAGAGAAGGAUCAAGGAAUAUACUCAUGUGAAUUGUAUAAAAAUGACAAGAUGACAUAUGGAUUGUCCACUUCAGUUGUUCUUGAAAAAGAAUCUCACAUGCCAGUAAUAACCGCUGUGCCAGGCAGUGGCUUUAUGCAUGAAGUAACAAAGAAUGUGAUUACCAGCACGUAUUACUCACUUGACUCCGCUCUGAACAACACCACCAACAAAAGAAUAGACAAUGGGCCUACUCCUUCAGGUAACCGAGAAACUCAGUGGCUGGCAUCAACAGUCGCUGGAAUCUCUGCAGCUGUGUGCCUUUUCUUUGUUGUACUGGCACUGUUUAUAUGAUGCCAUUUCAAAUGGAGAAUAAUUACAGGCAGGAUAAAUAUUCCAUAUUGUUAUCUUUGAAGAUUAAUAACAUUUUUUGGAGAUGUGUGCAGUUUGAGGCCCUAUCUGUUUUAAUGGGAUUACUUAAAAUAAAAAUAAAUGUGUGUCUGUUUGUUCAAAUGUUUAAGCUUCUGCCAAUCAGCUUCUCUUUGGUGGCCAGUGGACCAACUUUUGAUAAGUUAUCUUAUCUAGCCGACAUUACUAUUAUUAUUCUUGUUAAAACGAUGAUGAUGAUAAUUAGUUGCACAGCAGUAUGGUAUUAUGCGCAUUCAUCUAUGCAUCUCCUUUCAACAGGAGAAAGAACCUACACUUGUUUAUUCAUCCUUGGUUAUCAGGAGACUCCAACCGAGAGAUGACAUCAUAAAUGACAAUGAGUGUGUGCACAGUCAUAUCAGGGUCUAGGAACUAAGAAUGAUACUACUUUGAUGAGAGGAGUAAUAAAUAGCCUAAAUCAAGUUUUUUUUCCAUUGUGCUCAGGCACACAACAUUCCAAAAAGGCCUACUAUUGUUAUUGGGAAUUAUUUGCAGGCUUUUGAAUGGUUGGUUUUAUAUAAUCACAUUAUUGCAUGACCUUUUGUUUGUACUUCAAAUGUGUAUUGCACUGUGUCAAGCACUUCUGUACUUUUAACCUUUAAACCACUGUAAAAAGAAAAAAAGAAAACGAAGAAAGUCUGCUCUAUAUCUCAAAAAGCAUAAAGCCUGUGUAUUUAGAUAUCUAUACAAGUCAUUUGUGACAUAAUUUUAAACAAGUUGCUGAAAUGUGACAUUUUGAACUCAUCAUCGAGCCACUGAGUUGCUUUCAGAACACUCUACAACAUUGCCGUUCUUGAAUGCUCCAUGCUCCAACCCGCUGCGAAAUGCGCGGAUCUGGGUGACGAGCUAGAUAAUAACUAGCUAUUCCUCUAUCACACGGGCUCAAUCAACUCUGUUCUGUCACUGCUGAUAGUGGCAUAUGUGUAGCGGUUGCUUUUGAACGUUUGUUUGGAGUUUCCUAGCUAGCUAGUUUCAAUUUAACCUUAUUUAGCUAUGAGCUAACGUUAGCUAGGUUGCAAGUUAGCUUGAGUUGGUGCAGUGCAGUUUGGGAAGGAAGAAGCAGAUACGCGACAGUUUAAGGACAAAUAUAUAAGGCAAGUUUAGUGCAUUUAGCGUUAUUUCGCAGUAACUAUCUUAUCGUUAACGUUACCUGUCUGACACUGACGUGUGAUGGAGGCCCCACCAGUCUCAGUGCUGCCCAUCACGGGUGGCACAAUCAACAUGAUGGAGUACCUGCUGCAAGGCAGUGUCUUGGACCAGGCCCUCGAAAGCCUAUUGCACCGCCUCCGGGGCCUUUGUGACAACAUGGAACCUGAGACAUUCGCCGACCAUGAGCUGGUCUACCUCCUGAAGGGCCAGCAGGGCAACCCAUUCCUGCUACGUGCCCGCCGCUCCCUCUCCCACCCAACAGUUCCCUGGCACCUGCGCUACCUGGGCCAGCCGGAGGUGGGUGACAAGUCCCGCCACGCGCUGGUUCGCAACUGUGUGGAUGUGGCCACCUCGCACAGCCUGCCCGACUUCCUCAACGAAAUGGGCUUCCGCAUGGACCACGAGUUCGUAGCCAAGGGCCACAUUUUCCGUAGAGGCGUGCUCAAAGUGGUGGUGAGUAAACUGUCACGCAUCCUGGUCCCUGGGAAUACAGAGAACACUGAGCCGCUGUCACUCUCCUACCUGGUGGAGCUCAGUGUGUUGGCUCCCGCGGGCCAGGAUACCAUGUCGGAGGACAUGCGCAGCUUCGCUGAGCAGCUCAAGCCCCUAGUUCACCUGGAGAAGAUUGACCCCAAGAGACACAUGUAAGAAGGGGUGUGUUAAGAUUUUAUAAGUGGCUAUUGGCAGUCAUGGACAAAGUGGAGUUUUUAUUAAAAUGUAUUUUUUGGGACUUAAUUUUGUAUGAUUCCUAUAAGAAAGUGCUUUCCCACAGUCCUUUGUCUCUGUGAAGGAACUCUAUAUCUCACCAUCUGCCAUUAGGAUGUUAGUAGUGUUUGAAAAGGACUUCACAAGAGGAUUGACACAGCCAACAUGGACGAUGUGACAAAUGAGGCUUUGAAUGAGUCAAUAAAUAACAAUAUCUAUUUAGUGCUGAACAUUGGUUUUGUGUGAUGCUGAUAGUGCUUUGUUCUGUGUUGGGUAUGUUUCCAGAAAUGCACAGCUAUAGUGUUUAUUAAACAUGAUUUUUCUCAA